AUUAUUGUUCCACUCCGAGCCAGUAGGGGAGGUGUUUUGCUGACUGCGAUGUGGUGUGCUGACCUAAUGUGUCCCCUAACAUACUAACAGAUAAAAUGGCGUCCGAAAACAGCCCCGAAUCCCAAGAUGAGAAAACAGCUCUUAUAGAAAGAGACCCAGAACAAGAUGAACAGCAGGAAUGUGGCACAGUCGCAGAACAAAGCGAGUCAAAAUUAACACUUUAUCACUGGACGCAGUCUUUUAACUCUCAGAAGGUGCGUCUGGCCAUGGCAGAGAAGGGUUUGAAGUGUAAAGAGUAUGAUGUGAGCCUGCCGCUUAGUGAACACAAUGAGCCCUGGUUCAUGCACCUGAACCCCAAUGGUGAGGUGCCAGUUCUCGUCCACAAUGAAAACGUCAUCUGUGACCCAAUACAGAUCAUGGACUACCUGGAGCAGAGUUUCAAUGAUGGCACUCCCAGGCUCAUCCCUGAAGAGGGCAGUACAUACUAUCACAGAGUGCAGCACUACAGAGAGCUGCUGGACUCACUACAGAUGGACGCCUACACUCAUGGCUGCAUCCUCCACCCUGAGAUCACGGUGGACUCCCACAUACCUGCAUAUGCUGCCACGUGUAUACGAACACAGAUCGGGAGCACGCAGUCUGAGCUGAAGAAACUGGCAGAGCAGAACCCAGAGCUGAAAGAUGCCUACAUAGCAAAACAGAGACGCUUGAAAUCUAAGUUGUUUGACCAUGACAAUAUGAAGUACCUGAAGAAACUUCUGGAUGAACUGGAGAGCGUGAUGGACCAGGUCGAGACAGAGCUACAGAGGAGAGUGGAAGAAACACCAGAGGAAGGCAGUCCAUCCUGGCUGUGUGGGGACUUCUUCAGCAUGGCCGACGUCUCUCUGGCAGUCACCUUACACCGCCUCAAGUUCCUCGGGCUCUCGCGCCGCUUCUGGGGCAACGGUAACCGUGUGAACCUGGAGACAUACUACAACCGUGUGGUGGAACGCCCAGCUUUUAGGAGAGUCCUGGGUCAUGUCAACAACAUCCUGAUCUCUGCUGUCCUUCCUGUGGCGUUUCGUGUUGCCAGGAAGAACGCACCGGUUAUUCUUGGCACCACUCUGUUGAUAGGCGUUCUAGGAGGAGCUACAUACCUAGCUUUUCUUUACAUGAAGAAGAGGCUGGCUGUCUCCUUCUGAGGGAGCCAGCGGGCGUUGGAGUUGCUUUGGGACUGAUUUGGGGACUGGGAGGUAGAUAAACACUGAAAAAAAAAUGUGUUGAGUUAAAGUACAGAGAAAAAUUUGAUCAUUCAACAAACAUUACUGAUAUAUAAUUGAAACAAAUCUUAAUUGUCUUGUUUUCUGUGCUGCUGGUUGCGCAAAAUGCACUUUUAGUCAUCAUCAGUAUGUGACUGAUACAUUAUGCACCAAAGGAUCAUACUGGUAGUUUUACAUGUUUUUGCCAUUUCUUAUAAAUCACAUACAUCAUAUCUUAUGUGGCUUUGUAGAUCUAUUUAUUAAAGGUACUCUAUACAACAUUCACAACACUGAUAAAGCGGCAAACAGCUAUUUGCUUUGUAGAGGUAGAGUGGAGUAAGGGCAUCCUGAGCAGAGAAUGGAUUCACUCUACCUCUCUGUAUGCUGUAAUCUGAGCUUUUCUGUUUGUUAUUGUGGUAGCCUGUCCGGCAAUGUGUGCAUGUUCGUGCAUAUGAGUCGCUGUGUGAGUAUCCUACUGGCAAGCUAAUCGCCACAGCUCUGCACUGCACGCAUACGGCAUUUACCACUGAUAACACCUGUAAUAGCCCGACUCUGAGACCAUAACAAGAAAGGGAAACACACCUGAGGGAUAAACUAAAACAAAGGAAUUUUGUUUAACCAAGGUUAAAUUUUAACUUAUGUAACAAUUUUGAAGUUUCUAACAGAUACUGGCAGGAAAAUAUGCUACCAGGUAAACUAGCAUGAUGCAAAAAUAAACAAGGCUAAACACAAAAGCAAAAGAAUUAACUUGAUAUCUAUAUAUAUAUAUA